GAUCGGAGCGAGCUUUAUUCAAUCACCAUCCGACCAAUCGUACAGUCUGUGUGGACCACUCGGGGCCUGGAUCUUGCGUAGUGCACGGCCAUCGUAAUCUCGUGUGUAAUUGCUAAGAAGUCACCACCCUCGUGUGAAGAGUCGGAAGACAACGACCACUGGUCAAGGUUAUUGAGAGCAACGUGAGGGAGCGAAAGGUUGCAAUUGCAAAAGUGCAUCAGCAUCGCUAACUAGAAUUUCAAGUUCAAGAAGUAAGAAGUUGCUUCGUUGGGGGGAGAAGUGCAUCCGAUCCGAAGCAGAAGAAUAAGUCACAGUGCGAAAACUACUUGAAACGUAGGAAAAGUGUUGCCUUUAGUUGCAUCGAGAACGUUGGACAAGAACCAAGAACAAAGAAAUCAGUAGUGAUGUCGAUCAAACGUGAUGAAAAGGAUAUCCCCUUCAUCGACCUGGGAGAUGGGUUCAAAAUCUACGUGCAGGCUGAUGAAUACACAGAUCCCGUCUUGAAAGCUAAAGCCAAAGCGGAACUGAAUGAAACACCGGAAACCGUUGAAAAAGCUCUCUCGGAACUGCGAUGUCUGUUGAAAGAGGAAAAGAAUCUUUUUAUUCCGGUGGAGAAUGAUUCCUUCCUGGUGAUGUACCUUCGACCGAAUCACUAUGACGUGCAGAAAACGUUUCAGAUGAUUCAGAAUGCCUACCGGUUGAAGUCCAAGAGUAAGGAAUACUACGAGCACACCCCGAAUCCAAGCUCGAUUCGGCACGUUUUCGACGAGGGGAUGAUAUGGUUCAUGCCGGAACGUGACACCGAUGGAGCAGCGCUGUGUGUGGUGGAGGUUGGAAAAAAAUGGAACACAUCCAAGGUGUCAAUCGUCGAACUGAUCGCCACCAUCCGCAUCUGCGUCGAAUGUGCGCUGCUUGAUCCGGAAACCCAGCUGCACGGAAUCAAGGUUAUCUUCGACACCGAGGGCCUUUCGAUGUCGCAAAUAGCCCAAAACACUCCGAAGCAUGCCUGCAUGAUCCUGGACUGGGUUCAGAAGGCGUGUCCGUUCCGGUUGCGUGGCGUCCACGUAGUGAACAACUCGAUGCUAUUCAACAUACUGUUCGCCAUCUUCAAACCGUUUAUUUCGAAAGAACUGCGCGAAAAGAUCUUCUUCCACAACAAAGACUGGAAAUCUCUCACGAAGCAGAUCAGCCCAAGCUCUCUGCGGCCCAAAUACGGUGGAUCAUUGGCGGCUCCCGAGUACAAAGGCCGUCUACUCGGCGAUUUUAUGCAGCUUUACGACAAACAUUUCGAUACACUCGAUUCGUACGGCUAUGUGGAUACCGUUGAUAGUCAACGAAGAUCAAAGUGAGCGCCCUUUUCGUUUCUCCGUUGAGUAGCAUUAAAAAGGCCCAUUUGCCAACCGCCUACUUGGACAGCGCUCUACAUACGUUCGGUAAGCUUUCGAUGCUCCGAAAUUGAGCCCCUUCAAUGCCUCAUGACAAAACGCUGACAGUGAUAGUUCAUAUACAUUAGUACUUAUGUUUAUUUAUUUGGUGGGAAAUUUUUUUUUUGUGGAAGACUCAUAAAAACGAAAAAUAAAUUCUU